AUGGCCUGUCUAGUGAGGCGAUGUUCGCCAUUUUUAGGACGAUUGGUAUUGAAAAACAUAGUUCGUGACACACGAAAUGUGGUUUUUAACUUGAAUUGCAACUAUUUACUAAGGAAUAAAUAUACCGAUUCCAGCAAGUACAAAGAUUUUAAGGCUAAAUAUACCAUUGCUAAUAAGGAUUCGGUAGCUUUUGACGGCGAAGAUUUAGAUGAACUAGAUUUGGAUGAUAGCGAUUAUGAUUUGAUUGUCAAUAAUGCUAUGCGUGUUCAGAAAAGGCUUCUAAAUGAACAGCACGUUUUGGUUAUCCAACCGUUUGUAAAAUGGGGUCCGAAGAAGAGCUCUAGCAAACCUGAACAUCAACUCAAGGAAGCUGAGGCGUUGGUUCACUCAAUUCCAAAAUGGAAAGUCGAACACGCUCUAACAGUGCCUCUAGAGUCUAUGCAGAAACGACAACUUUUUGGAACAGGAAAGUUAGAAGAGUUGAAAACUCUUUUGACAAAUCUUCAUGCUUCUGGAAAGCUAAUUACCUGUAUUUUCAUCAGCAAAGGUGUUUUAUCAUCUGGUCAGAAGCAAAUUCUCGAACAGCAUUUCAAACUGCCGGUCAUGGAUCGUUAUUCGGUAGUAAUUCAGAUUUUGCGUCUGCAUGCUACGAGCACCGAGGCAAAGCUUCAAGUUGCCAUGGCCGAAAUUCCCUACAUUUGGUCUCAAAUGAAGGAACAGGAAAUGAUUCGUUCCAACAGUCGUAUAUUUUUGACGGAAGCUCAAAAGCAAAUGCUUCGCGUUCGAGAGCGGAAACUUAAGAAAAAACUUGACGCCGUUCGAUCACGACGAGAUCUACUACGAAAUAAACGCAUACAAAAGGCAUACCCAAUUGUGGCAGUCGUCGGUUACACAAACGCCGGCAAAACUUCUCUUAUAAAGGCUUUCACGGAAGGAAAGUCCUUAGAACCAAAAAAUCAACUAUUUGCUACCCUGGAUGUAACAGCACAUGCCGGUGUGCUACCGUGCAAGCUAGAGGUUCUCUUCAUGGACACUGUCGGAUUUAUGGCUGAUAUUCCGACCGGUUUGAUAGAAUGUUUCAUUGCUACCCUCGAGGAUGCCAUGUUCGCCGAUGUCAUCGUGCACGUACAGGAUGUUUCUCACGAAGAUUUUCUUCAGCAAAAGAAACAUGUAGAGCAGACUUUGGCCUCCCUGCAAAAAUCCAUUGGACGAAAUCCAGCGGAAUUGAGCACCGUGAUCAAUGUGGGUAAUAAAACAGACCUAAUAGAAAACCACAGUACACUGCUGAAUCAGCAUCCCGACCUGAAGCUAGUGUCAUCCAGUACGCUACAUGGAAUACACGAUCUAAUGGUGGAAAUCGAACGACAAAUUUUGCUCACCACUGGCCGUCAAAAACUUACCAUUCGCGUUCCUAUGGGUGGCGAGGAAGUGGCUUGGUUGUACAAAAAUGCGGCAGUUACGGAAAUGACUGCCGAUCCUCAGAACAGCCAACGCUGUCUGGUCAUGGCGGUCAUAACGGAGGCAAAACUGCAACAGUUUAGACAUCAGUUCAUCAAAAGCAGGAGCCGAAAAACAGAAUAAUUAAAGCGAUUGGGGUUAUAUUUUUCGAAAUAAAUAGUGUUUUGACAAUA